AUGAAAGUCUUGGUAGAGGGACAGAAGGGAAUGGCCGAAAUCGACCCGGUGUCUUGGGGUCAGAUCGCUGCAGAUGAUAAGGCGCCGUCGCAGCCGAUCGCUUAUCAGUUCUCUCAGGGAAGUGAUGCUUUCCUCGGAUUAUGGGGAGGAGCAGCCGGUUUGAGGCUUCGUUUAUAGUCAAUGUUUCCCGACGUUAAAGGCGAGGAAGGCGGGGCAAGGGGCGGGACGCGUAGCGUGUGCGUACGCGGUUCUUGGCACGAGUUCAAUUCAACCGCCAGCGAGCAUUCAGAGAGCUCAUUUAUCGCUCUUUUCACUCCUUCUUUUCUGAUUAUUUAUUGA